GAACGGUAGUGUCAGUCGCUCUCCUGGCUCCGUGGAGGACGCACGUCGCUUGGAUCUAAGGGGGACGCGGAGGCCGGCUUUCAGGAGGCCUACACUGGAAACAACGAAGGAGGGAAACAAAAAAAAAACAGGAAAGGAAAAAUGAGGAAAUAGAAGAGAGAGAGGAAGAAAGGAAGGGGGAUAGAAAGCAGGAAAAUAAAUAAAGAAAAGAAGAAGGAGAAAGGUUUUGUGUUGGCCAGCCCGUGACGUCAUCAGGCCGCGACCAAUCAGCGAAGACCCCGCUGGUGACGUCACGAAAAUCUGCGUUCUUCUUCUUCUUCUUCUUCUUCUUCUCCCCUCCUCCCUCAGUUCCCCCCCGAUACACAAGCCCUCCUUCACGGGUAAUGAUGGCUAGCAGACGUCAUGUGGCAGGCUGGGGGCGUCUGCUUCCUCUACUCCUACUGCUUGCGUCUCAUGCCGUCAGCUUCUCCCCGCAGUUCACAGCCCCAGUGUCCAAUGUGACGGUAGCCAGGGGGCGUGACGCGAAGUUCACCUGCCUUGUGAGACAUCUGGGCGGGUACCGGGUCGGGUGGGUGAAGGCGGACACCAAAGCCAUCCAAGCGAUCCACACACACGUCAUCACACACAACCCAAGAGUGCACGUGAGCUUUGACGACCACUCCACCUGGCAUUUGCUUAUUAAACAGGUCGUGGAGGAGGACAAAGGGCCGUACAUGUGUCAAAUUAACACUGACCCUAUGAUAAGCCAAAUGGGUUUCCUGGAGGUUCUUCGCCCCCCAGAAAUUGAUGAUGAGCUGAGUUCGGGGGACGUGGUAGCGACAGAGGGGGAGCGCGCGUCCCUCAGGUGUGUGGCGAGGGGACACCCGACCCCUACCAUCACCUGGGUGCGGGAGGACGCGGGCGCCUUCAUGGUAAACAACGGCGUUAUAACCAAGGCGGUGGAGUCGUGGGAGGGGGAAGUGCUGGAGCUGACUCGUGUGUCCAGGGACGACAUGGGCGCCUACCUUUGCAUUGCCAGGAAUUCAGUGCCUCCUCAGGUGUCCAAGCGGGUGCUGCUCCACGUGCAUUUCCACCCGAUCAUCCACGUGCCUAACCAGCUGAUCGGCUCACCCUACGGGAAGGACGUGACCCUAGAGUGCAAGGUGGAGGCGUCACCUAAACCCGUCACCUUUUGGCAGAACAGUCAAGAGGAGAUGCUGAUGUCCUCCCCGAAGUACAACGUCAGCGAGGAACACCAGAAACCGGGCGGGUACGCGGUGCACAUGCGUCUAGUUAUCAAGAACCUCACAGCUCACGACAUUGGCCAGUACACCUGCGUCGCCAAGAACUCAAUAGGGGAGGUGGACUCUCUCAUCAACGUGUACUACAUCGCGCCAGCCACCACGACGCCCCCGCCACCACGCCUCGUUCCAAGCUUCAUUGAGACCAACAGAGUGGAGGACGAGGAUGACACGGGCCGGCUGUCCUCUCCCAGCCUCGACCUGGGCCCCUUGGAUCACUCGGAGAAGGAUUUAUUCCGCAACGAACUCACAGAGGGUUCUGCCAACGAAGCCUGGCUCACAAGACCUCACCAGUACAGUCCAGGGCCUCUUCCUCCUACCUCAGGCGCAGCAGGGCAAGGCGGGAGGACCUGGCUGUCGGAAUCAAAUGAACUGGACUCCGCUUCUUCUUCCGCUUCCUCGUCCCCCUCUUCGUCUUCAGUGUGGGCCCGGUGGAGGUUGAGUGUGGUUGGGGUCCUUGGCUUGCUACAGAGGAGCGUGUCUGCUGGGUUUUCAGGGGUUUGGACUUAGAAGUGUGUGUGUGUGUGUUUGUGUGUGUGUUUGUGUGUGUGUGUUUGUGUGUGUGUGUUUUGUGUGUGUGUUUUGUUUUAAUCUGUCUGUUUCUGUUUUUUUCUUUUUUCUGUUUUUUUUUUUAUUAUUCAUUCUCUCUCUCUCUCUCUCUCUCUCUCUCUCUCUCUCUCUCUCUCUCUCUCUCUCUCUCUCUCUCUCUCUCUCUCUCUCUCUCUCUCUCUCUCUCUCUCUCUCUCACGGCAUUCCACACUCACCAUUCCCCACGCACAAGACACCAACACACUUACAAACACACUUACAAACUCACUUCCACACACUACUUGUCAUCGCUCUCUCUCUCUCUCUCUCUCUCUCUCUCUCGCUCUCUCUCUCUCUCUCUCUCUCUCUCUCUCUCUCUCUCUCUCUCUCUCUCUCACUUAACUGCUACUUCUAUCUACUGUUGACUCACUAUCAUUGUUUUAAACUUAGUAUUCAUCGUAUAUGGCUUCCACUACUACUACUACUACUACUACUACUGUUACUACUACUACUGCUACUACUACUACUACUUGUAUUACACACUUAUUGUAAUGAAAAUAUUUGAAUUUAUACGGUUCGAAGCUCCUCUCUCUCUCUCUCUCUCUCUCUCUCUCUCUCUCUCUCUCUCUCUCUCUCUCUCUCUCUCUCUCUCUCUCUCUCUCUCUUAUCCACCUACUGGCUUGACUCUCGCCCUUAACUGCCCUCCUCACAGUAAUAACCUAACAGACAAAUGGGCCCUUACAUACCCAAAUUAACGAGUAACAUAAGGAACAGGUGGUGAGGCAGGUGAGCAGACAGGUGAGCAGGCAGGUGAGCAGGCAGGUGAGUAGGCAAGUUAGCAGACAGGGGGAUAGACAUGGGGGACAGACAGGUGAGCAGACAGGGGAACAGACAGGGAACAGACAGGUGAGCAGGCAGGGGAACAGGCAGGGGAACAGGCAGGGGAACAGGCAGGUUAGGAAACAGGGGAACAGACAGGUGAGCGGGCAGGUGAGCAGACAGGUAAACAAGCAGGUGACAUCAGUAGUAGGUAGACUGUCCCUUCUUACUUUGUUAUGGAAAGGUAGUCAAGAUCGAUAAAUGGAAAAUAUAGAUAAAACUGCUCUUUCUCAUUUUUUCUUGCUUUCUUUCUUUAUUCUGCUUUCUAACAUUGAUAAAAACUGUUCUUUCUCAAGUUGAUAAUAAAGAGCAUGCAGGUUUCACGAUACUGUCGGGUGCUGUAAGGUUCAAUAGACCAGUGGUGAAUAGCGUUGAUGAAAACUGUUCUUUCUCUCGAUGAUAACAGCACACAAUUUUUAGGAUACAGUCAGGUGUGGCAAAUUAGACCAGAGAAAGUAAUAAUAUCAAUAAGUUAGAGAGGUGACGAGUAACAUUGACAAAAACUGCAUCUUCUUAGGUCAGUCACACAGAAGGCCCAGUUGUGAUGGCAAAGUAGAUCUGGCUAAGAAAAAGAUGAAAUGAUAAAAUAAUAAAGUUAUCAGAUUAAUGACAACAUUCUGAGGAUACUGAAAAAUUGUAAAUAGGAACUAACCACCAUCUUGUCUGUCUGUCUGUCUGUCUGUCUGUCUGUGCCUGUAACUCACAAACCCGUCCCGUCCCACACACACACACACACACACACACACACACACCAUAAUCAGAGACAAAGAAUAAAACAGAAAACGAGGAGAGGGAGCAGGAGCAGGAAGAAGAGGAGGGAAGAGGAAGAGGAAGAGGAAAGAGGGAGGAGGGAGGAGGUGGAGGAAGAACCAAGGUAAUGAGGUAGAUAGAGCAAUACUAACUAACCUGGAAACACUAACCAUUAACUACCACUAACUACCACUAACCUAACCACCACCACCACCACCACCAUUACCACUGCAAAUAUACUACUACUACCGCUAUUACUGCUACUACUACUACUACCACUACUGCUAUUACUACUAUUACUACCACUACUACUACUAUUUUAUCCACAUCGGCCACCGCCCCAUUUCCCUCCCCCCCCCCUCCACACCCCCAUCAGUCUGUCUGUCGCUUCGUCUCGUCGUCAGGAGGAAGCAAGUAGGGCGCCAUUCCCUGCAGAGUGCGUCUCGAAGCCGUUUGGUGUAGUUGGGUUCUCGCAGCGCCCCUCGGUUCUCUCAGUAGUGUGGAAAUAAUUUAGAGUCAUGAUCUGAAUGGGAAUUAAAUCGUGGAAAUAUUUUAGAGUUGGUAUCUUACUGGGAAUCAAAGUUAGAGUCUUAUCCCACCGCUGCCACCACUUGUAAGACGGAUACUUGGGGUUUGCGUCACUCGAGGUUGUUUUGCCCGGCCCUCAGCUCUCACAAGUAACAUUCUCAAUUAUUCAAGGCCACGUAGGGACAUCUCAGCCUCCACCGCCUUAUUUCGGAGCUUCUCAUGUGGUCCCAGUUCUCUGUGGUGUACUUACAUGUUCUUUCAGCCUCCCUCGACUUUCAGAUAGCGCCACUUCCCAUCAAUGUGGAGGCAACUAGGUGAAGGCUUGAUGACCGUGUUGAAGAGUCCUUAGCUUGUCUGUUUUUUUUUUGUUUCCUGCGCGUUUUCAGGACCAAAUCAGGGUAAUUUAAUGCAGGAUUGUUGGUAACCUGCUUGAAUAUUACAAAAUGUACGUGUGUUUCUGUGCUGCUAAAAAUCAUCAGCAGAAGACAUUCCCGUGAAGCAGGGUGUGUGUCUGGCGUGCUGUGUUUUCGACCUGUGUUCUUCUUGCUCCGAAGCUACACGUUUUCUAUGAGCAGCACCGUCUGGCCAUUUUCUCCGCACACUUCAUGUAGAGUGUGGCGCGGAAGGAAGCCAAUGGAUGAGCGAGGAAGACAGGAGGACAGGCCUUGAGGUGUCGUGCAUAGCAGGGACUCUGUGGCCACUAAAGGGAACCAUGAGUUAGGCUCUGGACCCACAUGACGCCACGUAGCUUCCUUUCAGUCACAGCGCUGAGGAUUGUUCCCGGCAGCUUCUUAACCCCCCUGAACCCCCCGCCUGCAAGAGACACGCUCCUGUCGGCCGCUCAAUGUCACUGUGCCUCUGUAUCUCCAUAUUUUGAUAAUCGUUUUGACCGCAUUUCUGUCACUCUCACUUUUCUUUGCAACGAAACUUGGAAACUUGUUGGCAGCCGAGUAGUGGUGCAGCGUGUACAGAACCCCACCUAUCACUACGCCCAGUAUUAGUGAUGGGUGAGUCUGGAAACCACUGCUUGCCGUGUAGUGAAGCGUCAACUGUCACCGUAUGUUGCAUUAAAUUGGCGCCACUGUCUCCUGCAUCGGUUCCUCUGUGGGUUGUGGAUGCCGUGUUGUGAGGGAUUAACUCACCAUAUGUGGCAUGAAAUUAGGACCACUGUUCCCUACACAAGGUUUCCUCAGCGCUCUUAUUGACAUCACACCAACACUCGCCCCCACUCGCUCUCUCUCGCGGAACCCCAAGCCCCGUUAAGCAAUACAAGGGUCGCUACACACGCCUAGGUCUGUCUUCAACCGCUAACGUACGUGACCGCCUCCCCUGCCGCUGUUCUCGUGACUGACUGACCCAUACCCUGCUGUCCCACUCUGGCGUCCUCCUGCCGGCGGGACUGAGCCUGGCGACACCCACAUAUACCUCAGAAAGACUGUCAGGUUUUGCAGUUCGCUCUUGCGGGGUGGCGAACUGACCCAACUCUGCCUCGCGUCCUCUCUGUCACGAUACGCAGGGAAAAAGAAGAGCACCCACGUUAUGACUACUACUACUACUACUACUACUACUACUACUACUACUACUACUGGCGUCUUUAUUAAUACUCAAAGAGGGAUAAGGCAGAAUUUGGUCAAGCUCCCCGUACUGUACACAAUAAAAUAAUAAUAGAAUAGGCGCCCCACAAUCCCCCCUCACCCUCCCCGCCCCUCAGAGACCCACCCCCAACCCCGCCCCUGCCCUGCCCCUCCCCGCCCCCGCCCCGCCCCGCCCCCGUCUCAGGUAACCGAACAGGAGGCGAUUAAGGGCAUUAAUGUACAGGUGUAGCGGGUCAGGUGUGCGUGUGUGUGUGUGUGUGUGUGUGUAUGUGUGUGUGUGUGUGUGUACGCUGUCACCUAGUGUCCCAAUGUAUACAUAAAUUAGAAUGUUUGUAUGUUGUAUAUAUUCGUGUAUGUAUGUAUGUAUGUAUGUAUGUGCGGAAACCUGUAUGUGUGUGUGUGUGUGUGUGUGUGUGUGUGUGUGUGUGUGUGUGUGUGUGUUGGUAGGUACACACACAUCAGGGCAUUAUAUAUAUACACGCACAUAACCAUUCCUUUCAUAGUGUUAGAUGUUAUUUAAUUUCUUUCCUGUACAUAUUAAGACGGUGAGUUGACCAUUACAGCCAAGGGUUCAAUCAGUCAGUCACCAGCCCACGUGUCCCUCUCCCACCAGACUCUCCUGGCUGUUGUUUGUACGUCACAUAUCACGCUACGGAGGGUCGCCAACACACAUCACUCCCGCCACCUCCUUGUAACGCGCCGAGACACCCAUUCUUACGGUAUCCUCGGGGACAUGACAUACAUACAUAUAUACAUACAUACAAGUCAAUAAAGGGGUACUAGAAUAAUUCCUGUAACCUAGAUUUUAAGUCAUAUAUCAUACAUACAUAUAUUUAAGACAAAGGGUCAGUCACACAGAGGGUCACGCAUGCUGCUUGUGGUGAUGGGAGUCAUGAAGGUGUUAAGAGAGACCUGUGUGAGUUACGAUAAAGAUGAACGUGGCGCUGCACCUCGUGGCCUGCAGUGUCUUGUGGCGAGAUUCCGAGACACUCCCGCUUCGCACCUCCACUUCUUUCAAAAAAGGUGUUUUCAAGGUUGUAGUGAUAGAUUAACAAGGUUUCUACAUUAUUAGCAGGAGAAUGCUCUUGAGAACCCGGCUAGCCAUCUCAGUGAGGUUUGAAAUUAGUGGUGACACAUAUAAGCGUCUCAGAAUUCUGGCCACGGUGGUGAGGAAAGGGCCCCUGCUGGUUUAGUCAAGGAGAAUGGGUGAAGCUUGUUAUCUGUUUAUCAAGGAAAUUAUCUCCAAAUCUCAUGGCCACGAAAUAUUACCAUUCCCAUAAUCCACUGCAGUACUUCCAUCACUCGUGUACUCAAAGCAGAAGGUGGUGCAAGGAGUCUGUGGCAAUCCUGUAAUCCUGAUCGCUAUCUUUUUGCUAACUGUACAUACUUGUCGAAUAUUCUCUAAAGCUCUCUGGAAACUGUAGCAACAACCUCGUAACUCUAUUUAAGUCACCCAUCACAUCCAACGGCCAUUUUUUUCUCUCUCCUCUGAUCUGAAAAUUAGUUUAUACCCACUGAAACAAUAAUAGUGAAGGGGAAAUAAUGAUAGCAAAUGACAGUCAAGCUCACCACUGACCGCACCAUCACCUUUGAAUCAGUGUGAACCUCGACUUGCAGCAUCUGUUCAGGUCUCGUCACAAAUAAAUCUUCGAGACCCAAGUGGAAUAGGCAAGUUUGAGUGUCUUGUCGCCAUAUUUGAACACAGCUUGAAGGACAAGUAAACCACGCAGUCCUUCUCCUCCUCCUAUGCCUUCACUGCUUCAUCCACCUCCUGACGAAGAGCGUGGGUUCUUCAAUUCCACCAUCGCACGUUACCAGCUGUUGUCUUCGCUAAUUAAGGUUAAGGCAGCUUGGCAAAGAUCAGGCAGUCGGGCUGACCUCAACUGACACCUGUACGUACGCUUCAUGUCACCUGUUGUCGUUGUUCAUAUUACGUUAUAGUAAAAUGUUACCCACU